AAGUAGAAACAGUUCGCCCUGGCGGGGCCUGUAAAACUUGUAAAAGGGUGAAAAUCAAGAGGUCAAAGCGGGGCUGAGGCACAUAGGGCUGAUGAACUGGUGCUGGCAGGCGAGCAUGAUUUGGGAGGCGACGAAGGCCGAUAAGCUGGGGCGCCUGUUUGAGGAGGAGCUGGGUGACGAGGAGGAGUCCGGUGGGAUGAGCAGUGAUGAGGAGGAUGACACGCCAAAUGGGCCGCUGGCUGGGCAGGCAGCGCUGGUGUGCACACUGGAGAGCUCGGACUCCGACAAGGAGUGAGGCACUGGCGGUUGACAGAGCAGGCUGGCGUCAAAGCAACCGUAGUGCUGGGGCAUGGCCGAUGACUGCGGUACGGGGUAGGGCCGUGGGGUAGGGCGUGGUGCUUGCCAUGUUGUGUGUGGGUGCGGGUGGGUGCGGAUGAGCGUGCCACACUUUACUGGCUCCCACCGACCAGCAAUUGGCAAUGUGGCCAAUUUUCAUUUCCCCCCUCCCCGCCCACUUCCGCCCCCAAGUUUUACAAAGGACUCAAGGUGCCUCUUGGGACCGGUAUGCAGGCCUGACGAUGCCCUGGGUCCGGCGGCAGCAGCCCUGGCCCAGCAGUUGCGGCGCGCAUGUGCGUAGUGGAGGAAGCGAGCAAGGCCACGUGAAGGACGAGAGCGCAGUGUCGCCAAAGAAGCGGCGCUGGCGCGCAGGCUGAGGAGCCGGCUGGUGUCUAGGUAGCGGUCCGCGGUGGGGCUGGCAGGGCAUGCGUAGCGGCAUGACAAGUAGUGCGGCUGUUGACAAGUGUGCUGUGUCUGGCUGCAGUUGGCUCUGCUGUGGCAUCGCGACUGCUAGAUAGGCACCUGGUUUGGCUAUGUGCCUGUGAAAACCGACCCCGGCUAUGUCCGGGCGAUGAGGUUGUUCGGCCUCAGACUGUGGAGGGGCUCAGCCCCUUGUUGGGCUGAGCCCCCCCAGCGAAGCGUUCCAAAGGGGGGGAAGCCCCCCAGGAUUGCCCCUGUCCUGCCCCUGUCCGUCGUUCGUUCGUGCGUCGGCAAAACAUAGCAAAACAUAGCAUACUGGCACAAACCGCGACUGCUACGUAUUAGUAUUUGUUAAUGUCUAUUGCAUGUAAAUAGGUGGCAGGGAAAAUUCGGGCGGAGCGAGAAGUGCCUUCGCGCGUCCAUGGACAAUUGACUUUCGCGAGGUCGCGAGGAAAGCAUCCGGUGCCCGCUGAUAUGCAGUCUCUAAGGCAAACUAUGUUGGCGGCAAGCAAAGCGGGGAAGUAUAUCGAAUGUUUUGAGCGGCUUGCCGAGCAAUGCCUGCUGACGCGCCAGAAUGCCGAGAAGCCCCGAGGUCGCCCCCGCCCCGCGCCUAGCCCUUUGAGCGUGGGGCGCCGGGGAGGUGUUGAUUAUGGCAGGAGGCGAAAGAAAUGCUUGGGGUAUUUGGGAACGUGACAAGGCACGCAUGCGUGGCGCGGGAAAUCCCGCACGACCCCUACCCGAGUGUCCCUAGCCGAUGCACCUGCGCGUCGUAGCGGCAUGGAGGCUCUGACGGGGCGUUACAUGCUUAUUAGCUCCCAAGCGUACGGGGGCUCAGCCCAUUUUCCAGCUGUACAAAGCUGACACCCCUUGUCCCGUGACCGGGGAACAGUGCUCGUAUCUUCCUUUUUUUUGACAGAAGUUUGCCCCAAAAAGCCUCCGGCGGAAGAAAUUUUGUAUUCUUGAGGCCAAAAAUCUGUCAAAACGCUUCAGAUUUUGGGGGGUCUUUCUGAGAAUCGCAGAAGACAUUUUGGGGCGUUUCUGUCACUUCUCCGGGCCUAAGGCAAGGAUGACUGAGGUUCCCCAGGAUAACCUACGGCCGUGUCCGGCUGGCACCAUGGGGGCACACCACGCUGUGCCGGAGCCAGGACGUGGGCUGGGGGCAACAGCAACCUCACCCCGCACGCUGUAAAGAUGGUGCAUG